GUGGGAUUUUGAGUUUCUAAUGGAAUUAUGGUGAAUGAUAUUAGGGAUUUGGGAGAUGUAGAAUUGUUUCUGUUAAUGAUGUUCUGGAAAUCUGAUUUGAAAUCCAUUGAUUUUGGGAUUUUCUUUUGUGUGAUUGAACGGGGUGAGGGCAGAACCAUAGUAUGCUAGGAGUUUUGGGUUGAGGUUCCCUUUUGAUUUUCUUUAUGAUCACGCACAUAAGGACUGUUAGGUAGCAUGCUUGUUAGGUUUUGUGUCUUGUUUGAUGAGAAACAACUUUAAUCACUUAUUUUGGAACAUAAAACGGACUGGUCAUUUUCCUGGUAUGAACCGUGACUUUCGAAGCCUUUUAGAGCCUGUUUAGAGUGCUCGAAUAAUGUUGCGUUGAACUGAGAAAGUGUAGGCCUUUGAAAGAGCUUUCUGGAAUGAUAUGGUACAUAAUUUUUGGUUGAGAGACGAGGUCUGUAAGUUCAGUUUAGUAAACCAUGUUUUUCUGCGCUCUGUAUCUGCUAUCUCUGCCAGUGAACUUCAACGUGAUUUUUCACCUUGUUAAUGUGCCCAGAAAAUUCUUUGAUGAACUAGAAAGAGGUAAUUAGGAGGAGUAGUCUAUAGCCUUUAUUUCGAGUUGGAGUCCUUGCUCUGAUACGUAGCACUCGGGGGGGAAAUGGACGCUUGUUUUCCUUCUGUUAUAAUUUGAAUUAAGUUGUUAUUUGAGAAGUUGUUUCUGUUUUAAGUUGUGGGCAAGAUAUUAUGUUUUCUUUAAGUUUUAAAGACACUGGAUUCGCUGCAUAACUAUUUGUCAAAGUGAACUAGUUCAAAGACUAAUUAACUGUCACAAGAGCAUUUAAGUUUAUUUAUGAGUUCAUCUCAAAGUUUAUGUGCUAUGUAUCUGUUACAGGAGCAUUAUGAUAAUGUUUUAAGUGAUUAUGUAAUGCCCCGUGAGUGUUAGAAUUUUUAUCACUCUGAUAUUUGCAAUACAUAUACCGUUUAGAAUUGGGGUGUUACAUUAGUGGUAUCAGAGCAAUGGUUGGUCAGUGACCAAGUUUUUAGUAUAAUAUAUAUUCUAAUACUUACUGAUACUCGAUAUGUGUAAGUAGCACUAUCGAGCUGUUGUUUGAUAAGAGUUGUUGGCUGUUUGGAGAUUCAGGAAAAUGGUUGCCGGAAGGAAUGAUGAAGCUAUCGCUGAGGCAUUGGCAAUGUUGGUUGGCGCCAUUGGGCAAGGUCAGCAAGCGAACCUUGGGAACCAUAAUCAGGAUGAAUUCCGUGCUUUGGGAAAGUUUCAGAGGAACAAUCCGCCAACCUUUGAAGGAGCAUACGACCCUGACAAAGCACAGGCAUGGCUGAAAGCAAUUGAGAAGAUCUUUCGAGUCAUGAAUUGUACUGACGCGCAGAAGGUGCAGUUUGGCACCCAUAUGCUUGAGAAAGAAGCUGAAGAUUGGUGGGACAACACUGUUCAGAGGUUUGAAGGUGAUGGGAUGGAGAUUACUUGGGAUCUUUUCAAGGGUGCAUUUCUGGAGAAGUACUAUCCAGAAGAUGUGCGUGGAAAGAAGGAAAUUGAGUUUCUUGAACUCAAGCAGGGUAAUGGAACCGUGGCGGAGUAUGCUACAAAGUUUGAGGAAUUGAUUAAGUUUUGUCCCCACUACAAUACUGCCGAAGCUGAGAGAUCUAAGUGUAACAAGUUUGUGAAUGGUUUGAGACCUGAGAUCAAGAAGGUUGUGGGAUAUCAACAGUUUAUCCGAUUUUCUGACCUGGUUAACAGGAGUAGGAUAUAUGAUGAGGAUAGCAGGGAAAGUGCUGCUCACUACAAGUCUUUGAAAGAGAAGAAAGAAAAGGGGCAAUUCAGAGGGAAACCGUAUGGGAAUCCUGUUGAUAACGGUAAACAAGAAGCUGGUAAUGACAAGAAGCCGAGUGGGGGAGGAGCUCCUAAUCCGGUUAGGUGCUACAAGUGUGGUGUUGAAGGACAUCGUUCUCCUGAAUGUCCCAAUUCAGAAGCAACAUGAUUUAAGUGUGGCAAGCUGGGCCACAAAUCCUUUGAGUGCCUAGAAGGUAAAACUGUGGCAUGCUACAGAUGUGGAGAGCAAGGUCACAUCAGUACUAAUUGUGACAAACCCAAGAAGGAUCCUGCAAGGGGGAAGGUGUUUGCUUUAUCUGGUGCUGAGACUACUGCUGAGGAUAGACUAAUUCGAAGUACGUGCUUUAUUAAUGGCACAUCUUUGAUUGCCAUUAUUAUUAUGGGUGUGAUGCAUUCUUUAUUUCAUAGGAGCUUGAGAGUCAGAUGAGAGAGUCCUACCCCGAAUUGUUCGUUUAAGGAAAUUUUCGAGGGCGAAAAUUCUUAAGUGGAGGAGAGUUGUAACACCCCGUUUUUAAUUAAAAUAAUGUUGGUAUUUUAU